UCCGGGCUUGGUGCUCCCUGCGGCCUCCAGCGCAGCGCCAGGCGCGACCAGGACCAGCGGCCUAGGCGGCGCUGGAGGAUGCGGCCUCGACCCGAGGUAGCGGCAGCGGGAAGCCUGGCGCCCUGCAGGUCAGCAGUUGAAUAGCAGGGGCCCAGGAGGGCUUGAAGCCUACACAGCAAUGGCAGAGAAACGGCCACUGGGGACCUUGGGGCCAGUGAUGUAUGGCAAGCUGCCUCGCCUAGAGGCAGACUCAGGGCCUGGGCACGGCCUACCCGCCUCUGCUGGAAACCAGGACCCCUGCAGCUACAAGGGUGCCUACUUCUCCUGUCCCGUGGGGGGUACUCCCAAGACAGCAUCUGAGCGGUUGGCAUCUUGGACCCCCUAUCCAACCUUGUAUCCUACCAGCAUGGCAGGACCCCCACUUCGGGCAGACAACCUGUUGACCAACUGCCUGCUCUACCACUCACCAGAAGGCUCUGAAAAGAUGCAGGACUCUGGCCCUGUUGAGCUUCUGCCCUUCAGUCCCCAGGCUCAUUCAUACCCAGGCCCACCACUGGCUGCACCUAAACCUGUCUACCGCAACCCUCUGUGUUAUGGGCACCCCACUUGCCUGGGGGAAGGGGCAGCAAAGAGGUCACUGGAUGCUGACUGGACCCUGGUGACUGGGCCUCUAUUGUCUUCAGCUGACCCAUCCUGUUCUCUGGCCCCAGCUCCUGGCAAGGGCCAGUCCCUGGAUGGCACCUUCUUGUGUGGGGUACCAGCUGGGGGAUCUGGCAAAGACUCCUCGGUUAGCUUCUCCCCGUGCCAAGCAUUCCUGGAGAAGUAUCGGAGCAUCCACAGCACAGGCUUCCUGCCCUCCAAGUACACAGGUCCUUACUCUGGGGACCCCAAGCAGGCAAUGUCCGAGGGGCCCUCAGGUCCUUGGACCCAGCUGGCCCAGUCCCUGGGGCCACCCUGUCAGGAUGCAAUGCCCACCCAUUACUCACUGCCCCACCCUCCACAGGCCCUGCCUUGCCCUCCAGCCUGUCGCCACCCAGAGAAACAGGGCAGCUACAGCUCAGUGCUCCCACUACAGCCUCUGGGAGCCCACAAGGGUACUGGGUACCAGGCUGGUGGGCUAGGCAGCCCUUACCUGAGGCAGCAGGCAGCCCAGACUCCCUACAUACCCCCAGUGGGGCUGGACUCUUAUUCCUACCCCUCUGCCCCGCUCCCAGCACCCUCACCAGGCCUCAAGCUGGAGCCCCCUCUUGCUCCACGGUGCCCACUGGACUUUGCCCCCCAGACAUUGGGUUUUCCUUAUGCCCGGGAUGACCUCUCUCUCUAUGGAGCAUCCCCAGGGGUUGGAGGGACACCACCUUCUCAGAACAGUGUGCAGGCUGUGCCACAGCCUGGUGCCUUCCAGCGGGCGUGCCAGCCUUUGCCAGCCAGCCAGCCGUGCUCAGGGCCUGUGAGGCCCACAGAGAAGCCAACACAGGAAUCUGAGGAGAAGACGUGGCUGCCUAGUUGCAGGAAAGAGCAACUCCAGUCCCGGCUUGAUGAGCACCCUGCGGUGCCCAUUGUCAUCCGAGACAGUCCAGUUCCCUGCACCCCACUGUCACUCCCACCCUGUGCUCAGGAGCGUGAGUCCCUUCCACAGAAGGAGGGUGACAGGCCACCCAGCUCUCCUCCUAUGCCUGUGAUUGACAACGUCUUUAGCCUAGCUCCCUACCGUGACUACCUGGAUGCGCAGGCACCCGAGGCCACAGCUGAGCCUGACUCAGCCCCAGCCGCCAAUGAGAGCCAUGACAAAGACUGCAGGGGGAACUUGCCUGCCCAGGAGGGCCCCUCAGGGGCUCACAGCUCACUUAGAGAGGAGGUGGCACUGGACUUGAGUGUGAAGAAGCCCACAACAGAGACUUCCCCUACCAAGGUCCCUAGUCCUGCAGUACAUGCCAGCCCCCCUGCAGCCACAGGUGUGCCAGAUGUGGGGAACACAGAGUCAGAUCUGCCAGGCCUGAAAAAGAUAGUCACAGAAGCAUCAGGGUUGCCUGGGGUGCCAGUGACCACGGAGGCCAUGCCAAGGACCAACUUCCACAGCUCUGUAGCCUUCAUGUUCCGGAAAUUCAAGAUCCUCCGUCCGACACCCUUGCAUGCAGCCGUGGUUCCGGCCACGCCCACCUCAGCUCCUGCCCCUGUGCAGCCUGCACCCACCCCCACAUCUGUGCCCAUUGGGCUACAGAUUCUUGCUCAGCCCUUGCCUGUGGCAUGCUUCAACCUGGCACUGCCCAGCCCUCCAGCCGUAGCUGUGGGCAUCCCUGCUCCAACUCCUGCUCCUGCUCCUGCUCCAGCUCCAGCUCGAGCUCUAGCUCCAGCUCCAGUCACAGGCCCUGCUCCAACUUCUACUCCAGCCCCAGCGGACUCGCUAGAACAGCACUUUACUGGGCUGCAUGCCUCCCUUUGUGAUGCCAUCUCAGGCUCAGUGGCCCACUCCCCACCAGAGAAGCUGCGUGAGUGGCUUGAGAUGGCAGGGCCAUGGGGCCAGGCUGCGUGGCAGGACUGCCAGACUGUACAGGGGCUGCUGGGUAAGCUGCUGUCCCAGCUGCGGAGCUUUGUGUGCUCCCAGUGGUGCCCCUUCCCCCACGUGGUGCGAGCUGGUGCCAUCUUUGUGCCCAUCCACCUGGUGAAGGAGCGGCUCUUCCCGCAGCUGCCACCUGCCUCUGUGGACCACGUGCUCCAGGAGCAUCGUGUGGAGCUGCGGCCCACAACGCUGUCGGAGGAGCGGGCACUGCGGGAGCGUGCCCUGCACGGCUGCACAUCGCGCAUGCUGAAGUUGCUGGCGCUGCGCCAGCUGCCUGACAUCUACCCUGACCUGCUGGGCCUGCAGUGGCGUGACUGUGUACGCCGCCAGCUGGGUGACGUUGACACUGAAGCUGGAGCUACGUCCCCCUCAGAACCCACCAUGGCCAGAGAUGAGCCAGAGAGCCUUUCCCUGGCUCGGAAGUCACCGGCCCCCAAGGUCAAGAAGCCGGGGAGGAAGCUACCAACCCCUGGCCCAGAGAAAGUGGAGGCAACCAGAGGGGGAGGGUCCCGUGGUGCCUCACCUACCCCUGCUGCCAGCGUCAGCCCACCCGGCCCCACACUGAGGGCCCGCUUCCGCAGCCUGCUGGAAACUGCCUGGCUCAAUGGCCUAGCACUGCCAACCUGGGGCCACAAGGCCUCAGGACCAGACCGGCCCUCACCCCGCCCACAGCUGUUGGGCAGCCAGAGCCAUCACCUUUAGUGUUGGUCACCAGUACUGUGUGGGCAGCUACCUGUCUGGGGAUCACCCUACCCCUACCUUCUGUCCGCCCAGCUGCUCGGGUCAGGAGUGGGUGCUGGGGCUGUGAUAGCUCCCUUGGAGGGUCUCUGGCUCUCACCCCGAUCUUUUCAAUCAAGGGUCUUUCUCAGAAAGGACUACUUCCUAUUUCUUCCCUGAGAAAACCUGCAGGCUUUGCAGCCCUACAAGACCUAGACUUGAAUCCUGGCUCCCACGUUCCUUGCUGUGUGACCUGGGCAAGACACUUCACCUCUCUUGAGCCCUCACUCCCCAUGUGUAAAAUAGACAACGCAACCUACCUCACAGGGUUGUUGUGGGGACGCCGCCUGACACACACCCAUUAUGGUUUGGUCUCUGUGCCGCUCUCCCCGCCGGGCCAGGGCCUGGACUAGGAACCUUCCUGUAGAAAGUCUGUAAUAGGACUUGUCUAUCUUAGAGUGGCCCAUUGUACAGCAUAUAUGACUCACACACACUUUCUAGACACACACACACACACACACACACACACACUCACUCACUCACUCACUCACUCACACGCUCACUCACUCUCUCUCACACUCACACACUCCCGCUGGUGCAGGGAUACAGCCUGGGGCUGUCAUCCUUGUCUUGUGCCUACUGCUCCCACCCCUGGAAGGCCCCAGGGCUGUUCUGAGUUGGAGUCAGUGACUUCCCUGAGCUGCCUCCCCCAUUACAGUCAUUGUCCCAGGGAAGUUGUGUUUUCUGGAAGCCAAGCAGCUACAGGAACUCAGGGACUGGAGCAGAUAGGCUAAGGUAGCUCAGUUCUAGGAGGUCUCUGAAGAUCUGGACUGGCACUCCCCAAGCCAGGCCUGCUGUGGGCUCCCUCCCUGCAGAGUGCUGAGCUGAGCCAGAGGCUGGCAAGCUGGGGCC